AAAAGAUGCGCGGUAAAAAUCAUCGAUCUUGGAAGUAGUUGUUUCCGCUCUGAUAACUUGUGCUUGUAUGUACAAUCACGGUCUUAUAGAGCUCCUGAAGUGAUUCUCGGGCUUCCAUAUGACGAAAAGAUCGAUUUGUGGUCUCUUGGGUGUAUUGUAGCAGAACUCUGCUCUGGUGAGGUUCUGUUUCCAAACGAAGCAGUAGCGAUGAUAUUGGCUAGGAUUGUUGCAGUUUUAGGUCCUAUCGAAACAGAGAUGCUAAAGAAAGGUCAAGAGACACAUAAAUACUUCACCAAAGAGUAUGAUCUCUACCACUUAAACGAGGAGAGCAAUGAGAUUGAAUACAUAAUCACAGAAGAAUCAAGCUUGGAAGAACAACUACAAGUUAGUGAUGAAUUGUUCUUAGAUUUUGUAAGGACUCUACUUGAGAUCAAUCCUUUGAGACGUCCAACAGCUCUCGAGGCACUUAACCACCCUUGGCUCUCUUCUUCUUCUUACAACUGAUUUUGCUUCUUCUUGUGUUGGUUGUUUGGUUUUGUCUUAUUCUUUGUUUCUCCAGUUUUUUUCCCUCUUGGAAUCUUGCUUGUGAUUUUUGUAUUGUUU